AUUUAUGCCUCACCGAUCAUACCGCCAAAAGCUGUCAUGAAAAAUGGCCAGGAAUCACAACGUGUCGGAUAAUACAUUUGGAAAUAAUGCAGCAUUUAUUCAGGGUGGCGUUAAAACAACAAUCAACAUUGGUUCCCCAGAAGAGGAGGAUAGCUCUUGGCUUGAAAAGAUUAGCCAAACGAAUCCUACCUAUGAUAAAAAACGUAUUUUAGAGUCAAAGGGACCGUUCUUGUAUAAGCCAUUUUGCUGGAUCCUGGAUAAUGAAGAUUUCAACAGGUGGCGCAAUACUGAAAAGAGCGGUGUGUUCUGGAUUAAAGGAGAUCCCGGGAAAGGGAAGACAAUGCUCCUCGGUGGUUUGAUCGAUAAUGUUGAGGAAAAUCCUGGAAAUAUUAAUCUUACCUAUUUCUUCUGUCAGGCCACAGACUCCAGGAUCAAUACUGCUACUGCGAUUAUCGGAGGCUUGAUAGUCUCGUUUAUUAAGCAGCAUCAAGAUUUUCGUCUAGAAAUAUACGAAAAGUAUAAAGGCGACUUGGAUAAACUUAACGGACCUGACGGAUGGUAUAUUCUGUCCGAUAUGUUUGAAGAAGUUACACAACAUCCGGAUUUACCAUACCCCGUCUGUAUUGUUGAUGCUCUUGAUGAGUGUGAGCAAGAACACGGCUGCAAACAACUUUUAAAGCUAAUUAUUGAGACGAGCGGCCGUGUCAAGUGGCUUAUUUCAAGCCGUAAUAUAACAGAGAUAGAGAGGGAACUCCAAGCAGUCGACUCUAGCCGAAGGCUAAGCCUGGAACUGAAAGAAAACGCUGAAUAUGUUACUAAAUCGGUUGAUCUAUAUAUCAACGAAUCUAUUCAGAAUAUCAUGGCAUUGAAAGGCGACGAAAAACUCCAGAUCAGGGUGACUAAUACCUUGAAAAGCAAAGCAAACGGCACCUUUCUAUGGGUAGCUCUUGUCAUUGAGCAAUUGCGUAAUACAAAGCAUCGCCAUGUAGAAAACGUGCUGGAAGAAAUACCAGAGGGCCUAGAAAACCUUUAUCAUCUGAUUUUAAAGCGAUUAGCUAAGCAAAAAGACAAGGAAGUCUACCAAAUCCUACUCUCCACCGUCACUACAGCUGAAAGACCUCUUCGUCUUGAAGAACUUCUUACAUUUAUAAGCUUCCAGUGGAAAGAUUAUAGAACCACACAUAGCUUGCGCGAUAUACAAGAUAUAGUAAAGGAUUGCAGAUCCUUUUUAUCUAUACGGGAUGACGAUAACACUGUUGAUUUUAUCCACCAGUCGGCGAAAGACUAUAUUAUGGGCGCUGCCUCUAAGAUUAUUUUCCCUUCAGGCAUCGAAUAUCAGCACUACAUAAUGUUUACAGCUUCGCUAAGAGCCAUGUUUCGCACACUUAAACAUAAUAUAUAUGGCCUUAAAGAUCCAGGGAGUGAUACCGCAACAAUUUCUCCGCCUAACCCAGAUCCAUUAGCGCCUAUAGCAUACUGUUGUGUAUUUUGGGUUGAGCACUUAUUUCGAAGCUGCGAUUCUGGAGCAUCACGAGAUAAAAUAUUCCUAAAGGAUGACAGAACUCUUCACUCCUUUCUCAGAGUCAAAUACCUAUGCUGGCUAGAAUCCCUGGCCCUCUUGCGCAGUCUUGUACCGCAAGGGGUAGAUGCUAUCCAGAAACUCCAAAAUCUCCUUUCCGGCUAUUAUAAAAGCGAGUUUAAUGGACGCCAUGUUC